AUGAGUAGCAAAAGUGGUAGAGGUGGUAAUAAAAGUACACCAUUUAAAGUCGGUGGUCAAGUUGGUGAUGAACAAAGACAAUAUUUUAAAGAUGCAUCAAAAGAGAUUAGAAAUUUAGGUUUAAAAGUUGUAGCAAGAAGAGUUAAAAGAAGUGCAGCUGAAGAUGAUUUAAUAAAAAGUGGUAGAAAAGUUAAAAAAACUUUUUUACCUUUUAAAAAAGCCAUCAUAAAUAAUAAAAUUGAAAAAGAAAAACAAGAAAAUUUAAUUACAGAAAGUAUUUUAAGAGGUGAAAAACCAAUAAAGAAAUCAAUUAAAUCAAAUAGUAAUAAUAAUAAAGAUGAUGAACCAGGUCUCAAAAUUGGUAGAUUUUCAAAUGGCACAUUACACAUUAAUAAACAUGAUAUUAAAACCGUAUAUUCAAGUAAAAGUAAAGGUUAUAAUAGAGGUGGAAGCAGUAGUAGAGGUGGUGGUGGUGGUGGUAGAGGUGGUAGCAGAGGUGGUGGUAGAGGUGGUAGAAGUGGUGGUAGAGGUGGAAAAAGAUAA